AUUCUUACUAUCACUACUCCAAUAACAUCUAACAACCAACUUGACUAAAAAAUGAGUUUAGGCUUAGCCAAAAUAAAGAAGGGUAAUUAUUUAGUGGCAUUUUAAAAUCUAGUUAUUUAAUGGUUGCAGAAUGUAUGUCUUUAGUUUAGGAAAUAUUAAUUAAUUAAAGGGAUACCAAAAGGAACGUUUGACUUGUCACUGUGUAGACGGGCCACUAAGACUAAGACAUGAUGAUCCGAGUCACCCGACUAACCCGUAGCCGUAGCCUUAGUCCGUGUAGUGUAGUAGUAUUAAAGUAAAAUAAUGAAAGGCCAAUAUUAAUUUACUAAUAGUAUUAGUAAUACUUAUUAAAUUAAAUACAAAUAGUUAUUCUUAGUAUCAUCUGAAAUGGCCCCUAUACUGUACUAAUUUAAAUAAAUUUAAUAGCCUAACUUAUUUUUAAAAAUUUAUUUUUUUACUGGCAUCCGUCUGUCACAACAAUGACAAUGUGAUCAAUGUGACGAUGGUGUGACUGUGACUUUGCAGGACGAAAUCACAAGGCCUGGGCCUGGAAUUUUACUUUAGGCCUUAUAAAUUAUAAUCGGGUUCCCAAGACAGCAAAUCGCCUCUAUCAAUGCACGUGGAUAACACCAUAUAUGGAUUGGAUGAUACACUACAGCUUGACUGAGUUGCAUCCCAGGAUUUGUCAGAAUUUUCAUUGUAUUUUUAUAUCUGACUGAGAGUAGAGCAGCAUGCAGUUAAUUAUCUCUUUAUUAUAUUUACUUCUGGUGCGUCCUGCUUCCUAUUCAAACCUUCCCUCUGCCCAAACUUCAAAUAUUUUAUAAUAGUAAUAAGUGUAAAAAAAAGGUUGUCAUGCAGCGAGCUGCCUGCGUAACAUCUGUUUUAUUAUUGUUCCUGUUCCUCUGUCACACAGUGAGCUUCAUGCAUAACAUCUGAACUCCAGAAAAUAGGCUGAUUCUUUUCUUUAGAAAGGAAUUUUUAUUAAAAAAAUUUCACUGUUUUUAGAAGGUAUUGCUAUUUUUGUUAUACUGGGACUGUCAUUUCCUUAGUGUUCUUUGUUGUAAAAUGAAUGAUGUUAUCUUCUCUUUCGAUGGGUUUUUGUACACCAUCAUUUCUAUUCAGGGAUCUGGCAACUGCCUGUUCCUAUGAGUACCAGUGGGCUAUUUUACUGACGAAAACAUUUGACGAAGGUAAUGCACUCUCACUACGACAUAGGACAGUAGAUUUUGUUGCACUGUGCACAAUAUAGAAAAUGAAAAAUUAAUUUUUUGUAUGGAAACAUUUGGACCCACCGGGUAUUUUCUAAACAAUCUGCACCCGUUAAGCCCUAGUUAAUGUUAAUAUAAAUAUGGCGUUGCAUUGUAGCAUUACAAACAGGGCAAGGUUUACAAAUUUGUGGGCCCUGUUUUAAAGCCCAUAAUAUUGAGCCCUUCCCCCUCAAAAAGUUCAUUUGUAAUUUCCAAUAAUUUAAUAUGACAGUAAAAUAAUUUACUUUUGAAAAAAAACAUUUAAUACAAUCUUUGUAAGCUUUGAACCACAUUUUUUUAAUUCAAAUCUACAAUACUACUGCAUUUUUUAUGACCAUUUUAAUAAUACUGAAAAAUAUGUAGGUAUUUAAUUGUUUAUUUCUUCAAUAUGAACGACCCCAACUGCUGUGAUCUAAGCCAUGGCCUAGGUUGGCCUUAUGGGAAAUCUGGCUGUGAUUGCACACCAUCGUCAUAGUUAACAUUCAUAAUGAUUAAGAAUGUUAAAUAUAUUAUGUCUUUGGUAUAAAAGUAUUUGGGUUAUGAGGAGUAAGAGUAAAGUUUUAAAGAGUGAAUAAACAGAAGUUAGAGUUUGGAUCCCUCUGAUUUCAAAAUAUUUGAAACUUGCACUUAGACCAAAGAAAUUAGCCUGCAUGAAAAGUGAAUUCUAAUCAGAAAAUUUCUGUUGAAAUGAACUGUGAUGUGUCUGCUAGCAGUAACGCUUACAUCAUCAAGUGUUAACAUAAUGGUUGUCAGGACAAGGCAGCACCUUGCUGAUAUAUGGAUAUAUGGAUAUAAAUGACUAAUAUUGUUUGAUAUUACUGAGCUUAUUUAAUUUUAUACCAAUUAUCAAACAUAUUCUCGUAGGCCAAUUAAUGGGUUAAAAAGGCUUAUACUGAUUGAGCUUCAAAAUGGUUGAUUAAGCUUCAAAAUGGUUGUUUGGGCAGAAAACUGUUGUUUUUUUUUUUGCAGAUUAAUCGGUGCAACCCUAAUCGAGAUUAUAUUGAUUUGAGCUGCAAUUCGCUAACUGAAAGUUAAAAUUUGAAUUUGUAACUUGUUCAAAUCACUAAUGUAUGCUAAAGACCAUAAAAUUCAUAUAUUUACAUGUACAUAAAAUUUAAUUUUAAUGUGAAAAUUUGUUCAUUGUGUACUCCAUGGUCUUACAACUGUUACUGUUGUCUACUCAUGACAUGUAAAAAUAAUUUACAGCUGAGGCUUACAACGAGUUGAGCUCUGGAGAGCUUGGUUCUGGAUUGCAUAAAAAAGUAAGUUGAAAUAAAAUACCAGUAUUCAUUAUGUUUAAACAAAAAGAUGUACAUCAUUGUUAAGACACAAACUAGGUUUUAAUUUUAAGGUUUACUUAUAUUACUGAAAAGAAGAAAAAAAAAUGCUAUCCAUGCUACAUUUUUUUUUCUUCUUUGCAUAAAUUUGAAAACAGUUUCUUUUAACAUCAUGAUUACCAUCUUUGAUAAAAAUUUCUAGUCAAAGUAAAUACAUUUCAUACUGUUACUAUUCUGGUUCUGGGGUAGGGUACAGUGAUUAUUUCAGAAAUUUUCCCCCAGGAGGGCACUUCAGAGUUUUCGAAAGGAGGGGGGGGAGAGAGGGGGGGGCAGUGCCAGUUUUCGAAAAGGGGGGAGGGAGAGAGGGGGGCAGUGCCAGUUGACAUGUUCUGGCAUAUAUGCAAUGGUUGGGGAUGCGAUGCUGGUAUUUUAACGGAUGCUAGGGCAGUUUUGAAGCUCUCGAUUGAUGUCUAGUCCAUGGCGGCAUUGUCCAGGUGGUUCCAAGUUAAUUAUUCUUCGUGGGAAGAAUGAUUGUUUAUAUUGGACUGUGUUACACCAAGGCACAGUGAAGCAUUUACUAUUGUUCCAGAUGUAAUUGCACAUGCUUAUGGGGUUGGUAAAGGUGAAGUCAGUGUUUAUUGAGCGUUUGGCUCUGAUUAAGCGACCUGGCUUCUGCGGGAUGAGAUACGUGUUAGCUGGAGUGGCCGGUACUAGCUCCGUGACCAUUUUAUAGAGAAUUUGUUAGACGUAGCUUUUCUCGUCUGUCUUUGAGAGAGGGGAUGUCAAAUCUUUUAAAAAGCCAGUGACGAAGCCAUGAGUGGUGGAUUUGUGGUCAUGUGCGAUGAAGCGCACUGCAUUACGUUGUAUUAGCUCCAUCUUGUCCACGUCUUGUUUUAGGUAUGGGUCCCAGAUGAUUACACAAUAUUCUAGUAGUGGAUGGGCGAGUGCAAGAUAGGCAUUUCGUUUGCAGGAGGUUGGGGAGUGGCGCAGAUUUCUCCGGAUGAAACCAAGUGUGGAGUUGGCUUUUUUUAAAAAUUUUGUUUAUAUGUGGUGACCAUUUUAGGUUAUUCGAGAAGAGAAUUCCAAGGUAUUGAUUAUUUGAUACUUGUUGGAGAAUUUUGUUGUUUAGAGAGUAUGUUUAAAGUGGUUGCACUGUAAUCAGUUUUUAAAAUUUUAGAAUUGUGUUGUUUAAAGUGGUUGCAAUAUAAACAGUUUUUAAUUUUUUUUCAUCUUACAGGAUGUUGAAACUCAAAAAAGGUGGUGGGAUUCAUUUUCUAAGGAACAACUUUCUUCCUGUCGCAUACAAUCCAAUGAGUGUGAUUUAAGCUCUAAGUAUGAAAAUGUAACAAUUAAAGGUAAAAAAAGAAAGCAAUCCAAGUCUACGGCUGGUGUACCAGGCAAAUUCAUCAAGCUGACUAAAGUGCAGAAGCGAAGAAUUAGGCAAACUUUCACAGCCAAUUCAAAUAUAAGGUUAGUAAGGCUAACAAUAACUGAUGUCAUGUUAAAUUAUAAUUGACAAGGGUCAGAUUAAUUUAAAACCCCUUUUAAAUGUUUUCUUACUCUUACCACACUAUAAUUAGUACCACACCAUAAUUAGUUACCACACCAUAAUUAGUUACCACACAAUAACUAGUUUUAUUUAAUUAUAAGUCACAAAGAUUUUCCAAAAUAUUCCUUAAAUUGUCAUCACUCAUGCUUGUUUGUGUAGGAGUGAAAAAUUUAUAUUGCAUAUUCUUUUAUAUUAUUGGUUAUCACUUAUUUUACAAAAUAAUUUCUGAUAUCAAAUUAUUUAAAUGGAUACCAGUAUGAGUCAAUUGUGAAAGAAUAGAAACAGUUGAAGAACUUUUUGAAUAGCAAGAACACCCAUUUCUACAAAAAACAACAACUUUAAAUUAGUUUGAAAAUUUAAAAACAAUAUUUCAAAACCAAUACAACCAAUUGUCCUAUUGUUGAAGUGUAGUCCAUAUAUUUUGGUACUAUGGUGUAUUUUUUUCCUACACUUUUUUAAAAGAUAGGAAUAUUAUUUUGAGCCUUAAUGACAUUGAUUUUUAUUUUGUUUACGGCUUUCACCACUUUCAAGGAGUUUUAUGUUCUUAAACAGGAAUUUGAACUCAUGAUAGCUUAUUUUUAUGAUUGAACUAUUGGUCUUAGUUAUUAUUUAAUAUAUUACUUCCUACUCCUUCAACAGAUACAGGACAUUCUUGCCCUUAAAAGAGAUGUGGACGAUGUACAUAGAAGAUCUGAUUAAAUUUAAAAGGUAGUUGCAUUUUGAAAUGUAUUGAACAGCUAUCAACAGAUGAUUGCUUACCUUUAACUUUAAUAAACUAAUUUCAAAACUAAUUUUUAUGUCAGAGAAAUGGUUUUAACUUUUAAGAUUUAAAUUUAAAGGAAUUCAAAAUGUUUUAAAACCUUAAACUUAAUAUAAUAAUUGUGCCAUCUUAUUUUAUUAUGCAUGUAUACAAUUUCUUUUGAAAACUUAACAUCAUCACAGUUUGACCAAGGAGAGUCUUCCAGUUGCUGCUCAGAAGUUGAUGAAAGCUGAUUUUCAUGGUUGUCCCAUAACAGUUAUGCAAUCAAAAUGUCCCAGCUACAUUGGAGCUUAUGGCAUUGUUAUUAAAGAGACAAAAAAUACCUUUGUGCUUGCCACUCCAGAAGACACUGUCAAAUGUAAGUGAAUGGAAUAAAUAACAUCUCUAUCUCAUGUCUUUUUAAAAAUAUAGCGAUCUGUAUUGCUGGUACCACUUGUCUUGGCAGUGUCCUCUAGGGAGAAAUAAUUCUGAAUUUAGUAGCGUUUUAAAAAAAAAAUCAUUCACAGUUUUCUAAUUAAAUCCUACCGUACCACACAAUCGAGGCUGGGUUUAAUUUAAUUUAUAUAUCCUUCUAGUAUUUUCAAUUUACUAUUUUACUUCUCUAGGAUGUUGUAUAAAAUUAUGUCCCACCUUCAAUUAAACUGUAACUACUGUGACAAAAGUUAUACCAUUAUCAUGCAGUUGUCUAUUGCCUCAAGCUUUCAAACCCCUAGUGCAUGAUUCCCUCACAAAGUGGCACUAGAAAUCAGUGAAAUUUCCUCAUCAACACCAGGAACAGACACAUUGCAAAUCCCAUCUACAUGCAUAGGAGCCAAAAUGAUAAUUAAAUUGAUCGUGGGCCCUUAAGAUUUAGAAGAAGAAGAAAAAAUAUUCUGUUUCCAAAAUUUUGAAUGGUCAUUUCUAGUGUUUAAAUAUUAACCAAGGAUCUAGAUAUCAUUUCAACAAUCACUCAUUCAUUAAUAUGCAGUAGUUUAAAAUGAAUGAAUUAUGAUUAGAUAAUUAAUAAUGAUUAGAAAAUCAUAAAUUUCUUUUUUAAUAUAUUUGAACCUUUAUAACUCAUCUUAGUCUUAGUGAGUCCUUUGCAAACCAGAUACCGGGUAAUGUAUAGUACACUUGUGUUUUCAAAAAUAAGUCAUUAAAAAAUGUCUACAAAUCCUUGCUUGAUAAAUCUUCUUUUUGAAUAUAUUGUUUAUUUCUGCAGGUAUUCCAAAAACAAACAGCAUUUUUAGUGUGAUAUUACAUGAUUAUGUAUUCACAAUCCAUGGCAACCAAUUUGCAAUUAGACCAGGAGAGAGAGCUGCUAGAAAGUUUAAGUCCAAAGCUACUAUAGAUUUGUAGCAUUACUUGAUUUGUAAUAAAGUAAUAGAAUCACUCCUGCCAUAUUUGUCCCAUCAUUUCAAUUCCCAACUCCAACCCCAAUCUUUGAAUGUUUUAAUUGCAUUUUAAAUGAUCUCAUUAUCACAACAUUAACGAGAAACGAUUUUUUAAAAGUCUGCAACAUUUACUUUGAAUUAAUGCAUACGGGUAUGUAAUUUUCUAACACAUAGCUUGUUUCUUGUUCAUUGGU